GAGUCUAUAACACCAUACUUUCGCCAUUUUCUGGACAAAGCUCUAGAAGGAAAAUUAUAAUUGGGUGAAAUAUAUCUGUCGUAGGGAGGAGUGGAGGAUUAUAACUCGCCAAAAUGACUAUCCUGCCCAAGAAGAAGCCGCAGCAGACGUCGGGGGCGGCGGAGGUGGAGGGUGGCGAGGCGUCCUCCACUACCACCCACCAGCACCAGAUGCCACUGCCCAACCAUAUACAGCAUUGUUGCCAAGUUAGAGUCUUCACUGUAGCCACAUCCCACUGGCCUUCUUGCUACCAGGCUGAGCUGUGAGGUGUUAUGGUUAUUUUUCAUCUUGUAAUUUCAGGCUGGGGAAGGUACGAGCCGGGGCACCUUGUAUUUGUCGUCACAGUCACCACCCCCCUGCUGGCCCCCCCCACCUCCCACGUCUGCACCCAGGGAGGAGAAGCGCCCAUCUCACACCUCUCCCUCACAUUUCGAAGAUGCGCACGAGAGCGGCCCAUCACACAGUAAACGCCGCUACAGAGCCAGCCCCCUCAGAAGUGUGCGUCCCAAACACCGUGACCACAGAGAGCAUCGGGGCAGCACUUCUCCACCUUACCCAAGUACGAGUAGUGGGUGGAACGUGACACCAGUGAACCACUCUCACCCCCACCCCCACCAGCACACACACCCCCAUCCACUGCCCAUGUCCAACUCUAUCACUCCUGCCCUUCCCCCGGCUCUCUCCCCACAGGCUGGACCCUCUCAACCUCCAGAUGAAGAGGACAAUGAUCACAGUGGAUAUAACAGUGGAGACGAGUAUGAACCAUUUGGGUGGAACCUCACAGCAGAUCAAUGAAGAUAAAGAGCGAAGGUUUGAAAAGAAGAUGAAAAAGAAAGGUCUUAUGAUCAAGAAGAUGCGAGAAGAUGGGGCUUGUCUGUUCCGUGCCAUUGCUGAUCAAGUCUUUGGUGACCAGGACAUGCACAAUAAUGUUCGAAAGCACUGCAUGGAUUAUAUCGCUCUGAAUGAAGACGCUUUUGCUCCUUUUGUAUCCGAGAACUUCCAGACAUAUGUCCAAAGAAAAAGACGUGAUGAUUGUUUUGGUAACCACGUAGAAUUAGCUGCUAUGUCAGAAAUGUAUAACCGCAUCAUCGAAGUCUAUUGCUACAGUGUAGAACCUAUAAAUAGUUUCCAAGGAAGUCUUCAAACAGAUAAUGAACCCAUUCGAUUGAGUUACCAUAUGGGGACGCACUACAACAGCCUUGUAGAUCCCUUCAAGGCCACCAUCGGUGUGGGUCUCGGCCUUCCUGGCUUUCAACCGGGUCUGGCGGAAAAGAACCUCAUGAAGGAAGCUACCAGACAGAGCGAGAAUGUCCACCUGGAGCAGGCGAUGUUGGAGGACAAGAUCAGAGCUACAGACUAUGAAGCCACAAGUGAAGCCAUAGAAGAACAAGUUGCCCACGAGAGUUACCUCCAGUGGCUACGGGAAAAUGACCAGAGAUCCAAAGGCCAGCGAUCCCCCUCAUCACCCUCUGGCUCCAGCUCCAGCGACCGCUGUCCUCGAGGGCGUACCUCACCACUCCAUCAGGCCUCCCAAGCUGAGGGAUCCUCAGAAACAUCUCGUAGCACUCCUCGUUCCUCCCAGUGCUCCACCGAGCUGGCCAGGCUUUCACCUCGCAAUUCCACAUCACCUCGUGGUUCUACUUCUCCUCGUGGUUCUACUUCACCCCGUGGUUCUACUUCACCUCGUGGCUCCACAUCACCGAGAGGUUCAACCUCACCCCGUGGGUCAUCCAGCUCAAAAGACGCAAGUUCUAAGCCUGAUCAUGAUCCGGCAGUUCCAGGCUCUUCAAAAGACCCAAUACCUUCCUCCUCAGGGUAUUCAUCUAUAGGGGAAUUCACCGUUAAUGAACGUGCAUCUUUCUUAAACCACCUUCCUCCUAAUAUAUUUGGACUAACCGAAUACUCGAGUGCAGAAGCCGACAUACUAGCCCAGGUGCUCGCAGCCAGCCAACAGGAAUACCUGGAGUCACUAAAAUGCAGGUCCAAGGAUGACAACUCAGAUUCAUCCUCCUCAUCCUAACACUUCAUCCUUCAGUAGAAAACAUUGCCGUUUUCAAGUGUGCAUUUAUAGUCACGUCGAUAUCAAGUCAACUUUAAGUGGCAACUGUAUUGGCAAUGCAAGUUUGUCUCAGUAAUUGAUUUGAGAUAUACUAGGAAUGUAUGCACUUAAUAUAUAUACUUGUGUAUAUAUAUAUAUACA